UAUUUUUCUGUUUGAAGAACAGGAUAUAUUUACCCAAGCUAACCAUCACCACAUGGACUUUACAUAUAUUUUCGGCUAGUAUAUUUCUAUAACAACAUUUCUGUUUAUAAAAAUAAGGUGGAUAAAUGUGUUUUGUUUUAGAUUCCUUAAAGUGAAACUGCUCCUUUGAGCUGCUAACAUUUACUGACUGGAUCACUGAAUGAAUAUGAAUCAGAAUUGACAAUACCAUGAUGCCCAUAAAAGACUUCAGUAUUCAGCAGACAGCUUCUAUUCUCUGUACUAUGACCAAUGAAGAAAGAAUGCAGACUGAGCUUCACCACUGCUCAGACUGUGGGAAGCGCUUUAGUCAUCGGAGUAUGCUUCAAAGACACCAACGCAUUCACACAGGAGAGAAGCCGUAUGACUGCUCACAUUGUGGGAAGAGUUUUUCACAGCUGAUCACUCUCCAACUUCACCAGCGCAUUCACACAGGAGAGAAGCCAUAUGACUGCCCUAAGUGUGGAAAGCGUUUUGCCAGACUGAGUAAUUUCCAGCAACAUCAACGAGUUCACACAGGAGAAAAACCAUUUAUGUGUGUAUUGUGUGGGGCAAAGUUUACUCACAAGGGCAAUCUCAAAACACACCAGCGCAUUCAUACAGGGGAGAAGCCCUAUCACUGCUUACAUUGUGGAAAAAGUUUUGCUGAUAUUAGUAACUUUCUACAGCAUGAACGAACUCACACAGGAGAGAAGUCAUUUCACUGCUCACAAUGCGGAAAGAGUUUUAACCUCCUGCGUAAUCUCCAACAGCAUCAACGCAUUCACACCGGAGAAAAACCCUAUCACUGCUCACAGUGUGGGAAGAGUUUUAACCAUAACAGGUCCCUCCAGCGUCACCAGAGCAUUCACACUGGAGAGAAGCCGUAUCACUGCUCACAAUGUGGGAAAUGUUUUAAUCGGGAGUGUAAUUUCCAGACCCAUCAGCGCAUUCACACUGGAGAAAAACCUUAUAGCUGUUCACAGUGUGGAAAACGUUUUAGCCAAAGAAGCGCACUCAAAGCACACCAGCGCAUUCACACGGGGGAAAAACCGUUUCAGUGUUCGCAGUGUGGGAAGAGUUUUAAUCAAAAGGAUACACUAAGACAUCACCAGCGCAUUCACACGGGAGAGAAACCGUAUCACUGUUCACAAUGUGGAAGGAGUUUUACCCACCCGAGUACUCUCCAAAGACACCAGCGCAUUCACACAAAGGAUAAGAGCUACUUGUGCCACUACUGUGGAAAGACUUUAACUUCCCAGAGUAAACUCCAAAUCCACCAGCGCAUUCACACAGGGGAGAAACCUUAUCACUGCUCACAUUGUAGGAAGAGGUUUAUCUGCAAGAGUGCUCUUCGAAGACACCAGCGCAUUCACACAGGGGAGAAGCCGUAUCACUGCUCACAGUGUGGCAACAGUUUUAAUUGCAGGAGUACUCUCCGAAGACACCAGCACAUUCACACAGGAGAAAAGCCGUAUAACUGCUUGCACUGUGAGAAGAGUUUUACUCGGCUGAGUAUUUUACGUGAACACCAACGAAUUCACACAGGAGAGAAACCGUUUAUCUGCUUACAGUGUGGAAGACGUUUUUCUCAGCGCGGUAAUCUCAAAACACACCAAAGACUUCACACGGGAGAGAAGCCGUAUCACUGUUCAGAGUGCGGGGAGAGCUUUAAACACAAGACGUCUCUCCAGGAGCACCAGACUAUUCACUCUGGAGAGAGACUCUAUUAUUGCUCACACUGCGGGAAGAGUUUUAAUCGAGAGAGUCAUUUCCAAAUCCACCAGCAUGUUCACACCGGACAGAAGCCGUAUCAGUGUUCGCACUGUGGAAAGAGUUUUGCUCGACCGACUACUCUAAGAAACCACCAACACAUCCACACUGGACAAAAGCCAUAUCAGUGUUCGCAUUGUGGAAAGAGCUUUACUCAGCCGAGUACUCUCCAAAACCACCAGCGCAUUCACACAGGACAGAAGCCAUAUCACUGUACACAGUGUGGAAAGAAUUUUAGUCUCUCAAAUGCUCUCCGAAGACACCAGCGCAUUCAUACAGGAGAGAAGCCAUAUCACUGCUCAGAUUGUGGAAAGAGUUUCAAUCAAAGAAGUCACCUCCGAACACACCAGCGCAUUCACAGGCUCACAGUGUAGGGGAAGCUUUACGUUUACGGCAUUUGACAGAAGCUCUUAUCCAGAGCGACUUAUGUUAUAGCUUAUUUUAUAUAACUGAGCAAUUGAGGGUUAAGGGCCUUGCUCAGGGGGCCAGCAGACUUUCUCCUCUUUGACUUUCUCCUUAUGGUACUUCAGACUAGUGUUAAUUUCGUCAGACGAGACGAGACAAAAUAUGUUCGUCAACAACCUUUUUUUUUUUCCAUGACUAAGACGAGACGAUGACAAGACUGCACCACUGUCCAAAAACACUGACUAAGACUAAAUUAACAUGCAUUAUUGUUGACGA